UACCUGCCGCCCUCCGCCCGAGGGGACGGCUGUGCUCAGGGCGUGGAGACACUCCCCUGCUGCCUCUCUCCCCUCAGGGCCCGCCCCGGCCCUGCCUGCCCCGGCCCUGCCUGGGGGAGCGGCACCGCCCGGCUGGAGACUCCCCUCCAGCUCUUCUAGGGCCCCACAGCUGUGCAGGGACGUGUCGCCUAGUGCCUCUCGCUGCUCCAGGACAGAGGAGCCGGCUCCCUCCCCGCUAAACGCGCUGCCUCGCAGGAGGGAGAAGACUCUUCCUCCCUCUUCGGCAUGGCUGAGGGGAGAGAGACUCGCCGGGUCCCCCCAGCUGGUUCCUGGGGCGCAGAAGGGGCUUUUCAGGUUCCCGCCAGUCUGCGUGAAGGGGGGAAAGCCACUGGGCUCUGAAGCAGAGGCGGUAGCCACCUUGCCUCUUGCACUAUCCCGUGGGUUUUGAGGUGGAAGGAGACUCGUUCGAGCUCCCUUGGUUGCCCGCUUGCCUGGAAGUGAUUCCUUGCUGCUGUGCUGUUUAGUUGGAGGCCAGGAUUUUUUUUCCUGCUUUUUUUUUGUUUUGUUUGUUUUUGUUUUUUACCUGUUAUUGACUUAGGUAAAAGAAGAGGAGAGGAAGCUGCUGAUGAUAAAAAUCUUUGAUUUGGAAGAAUCAUCAAUUUUUGCCUUGUGGAAGAAUGCAGUGAAUCCAUUUGCCAACAUUAUUAGCUGGUAUUUUAGAAUCAAUAUCCAAUCUUAGCAUUACUAAUUUCUUAUUAAAUAGUACCUCAAAGUAGAAGAAAAAUGUAUGGAAGUGCAAGAACAAUCAGUAACUUGGAAGGCAGUCCCUCCAGGUCUCCUCGUCUGCCAAGAUCUCCUCGUUUGGGCCAUAGACGGACAAACAGUGGGGGAGGAGGAGGAACAGGUAAGACACUAUCAAUGGAGAACAUACAGUCCCUUAAUGCAGCCUAUGCAACAUCUGGACCGAUGUAUCUGAGUGAUCAUGAAGGUGUAGCUUCUACUACUUUCCCAAAGGGCACAAUGACUCUUGGAAGGGCUACCAAUCGAGCUGUGUAUGGUGGUCGUGUCACAGCUAUGGGGAGCAGUCCUAAUAUUGCUUCAGCUGGUCUUUCCCACACAGAUGUACUUUCUUAUACUGAUCAGCAUGGAGGUCUGACUACAUCUUCACAUCAUCACCAUCAUCAGGUUCCUUCUAUGCUGAGACAGGUUAGGGACAGUACGAUGCUAGAUCUGCAGGCUCAACUUAAGGAACUACAAAGGGAGAAUGAUCUUCUCAGAAAAGAACUGGACAUCAAGGACAGCAAGCUGGGAUCUUCCAUGAACAGCAUCAAAACUUUCUGGAGUCCUGAGCUAAAAAAGGAAAGAGUUUUGAGGAAAGAAGAAGCAGCGAGAAUGUCAGUUCUUAAAGAGCAGAUGAGGGUUUCCCAUGAAGAAAAUCAGCACCUGCAAAUGACAAUCCAGGCACUUCAAGAUGAGCUUCGAACCCAGAGAGACCUUAAUCAUCUUCUUCAACAAGAAAGUGGAAACCGUGGUGCUGAGCAUUUUACUAUUGAGCUUACAGAGGAAAAUUUCCGAAGACUUCAAGCAGAACAUGACAGACAGGCUAAAGAGCUCUUUCUUUUGAGAAAAACUCUAGAAGAAAUGGAAUUGAGAAUUGAAACACAAAAGCAGACACUAAAUGCCAGAGAUGAGUCAAUAAAAAAGCUCCUAGAAAUGUUGCAAAGCAAAGGUUUGCCAUCCAAAGGAAUGGAAGAUGACAAUGAAAGAACUCGAAGGAUGGCAGAGGCUGAAUCUCAGGUUAAUCAUUUAGAAGUGAUUUUAGACCAGAAAGAGAAGGAAAACAUACAUCUUCGAGAGGAACUACACAGAAGAACCCAACUUCAGCCUGAACCAGCAAAGACAAAGGCUCUUCAGACAGUUAUAGAGAUGAAGGACACAAAAAUAGCUUCACUUGAGCGCAAUAUAAGGGAUCUCGAAGAUGAAAUACAGAUGUUAAAGACAAAUGGAGUUCUGAACACAGAGGACCGUGAGGAAGAGAUCAAACAAAUAGAGGUUUACAAGAGUCACUCGAAGUUCAUGAAAAAUAAGAUUGACCAACUGAAACAGGAACUUUCAAAGAAAGAAUCAGAACUUCUUGCCUUACAAACUAAGCUUGAAACCCUUAGCAAUCAGAAUUCAGAUUGCAAGCAACACAUUGAAGUGCUUAAAGAGUCGCUUACUGCCAAAGAACAGAGAGCUGCCAUACUUCAGACAGAGGUUGAUGCCUUGAGAUUACGACUGGAGGAAAAAGAAACUUUUCUUAAUAAAAAAACAAAGCAACUGCAAGACCUCACAGAAGAGAAGGGAACCCUGGCUGGAGAGAUUCGAGAUAUGAAAGACAUGUUAGAAGUAAAGGAAAGAAAAAUCAAUGUCCUUCAGAAAAAGAUUGAAAAUCUACAGGAACAACUUAGGGAUAAAGACAAACAACUAACCAAUCUAAAAGACAGAGUGAAAUCAUUGCAGACAGAUUCCAGUAACACAGACACAGCGCUAGCAACAUUAGAAGAAGCUCUGUCAGAGAAGGAGAGAAUAAUAGAACGUUUGAAGGAGCAGAGGGAGCGAGAUGACCGAGAAAGACUUGAAGAAAUUGAAUCCUUUAAAAAGGAAAACAAAGACCUAAAGGAAAAAGUUAAUGCUUUACAAGCAGAACUGACCGAAAAAGAGUCUAGUUUAAUUGACCUCAAAGAACAUGCAUCUUCAUUGGCAUCAGCAGGGCUGAAAAGAGACUCCAAAUUAAAGUCCUUAGAAAUAGCCAUAGAACAAAAGAAAGAAGAGUGUAGUAAGUUGGAAGCACAGCUGAAAAAGGCUCAUGAAGCUGAAGAAGAAGCCCGUAUGAACCCGGAAUUUGCAGACCGAAUGAAACAGCUUGACAAAGAGGCAUCAUACUACCGAGAAGAAUGUGGCAAAGCUCAGGCCGAGGUUGACAGACUGCUAGAAAUCCUCAAGGAAGUGGAGAAUGAGAAGAAUGACAAAGAUAAGAAAAUUGCAGAGCUAGAAAGACAUAUGAAGGAUCAAAACAAGAAAGUGGCCAACCUGAAGCACAAUCAACAACUGGAAAAGAAGAAGAAUGCACAGUUACUGGAAGAAGUCCGUAGGCGAGAGGAUAAUAUGACAGACAACUCUCAGCACUUGCAGGUAGAAGAAUUGAUGAAUGCACUGGAAAAGACCAGGCAAGAACUGGAUUCUACCAAAGCUCGCCUUGCAUCAACACAGCAGUCUCUGGCUGAGAAGGAAGCACAUCUGGCCAACCUAAGAAUAGAGCGGAGAAAACAGCUUGAAGAAAUACUAGAAAUGAAACAGGAAGCUCUACUUGCUGCAAUCAGUGAAAAAGAUGCAAACAUUGCCUUGCUUGAACUGUCUGCUUCAAAGAAAAAGAAGACUCAAGAGGAAGUAAUGGCUCUAAAACGAGAGAAAGACAGAUUAGUGCACCAGUUAAAACAGCAGACACAGAACAGAAUGAAACUGAUGGCCGAUAACUAUGAUGAUGACCAUCACCAUUACCAUCAUCACCACCAUCACCAUCAUCACCGGUCUCCUGGAAGGACACAGCACUCCACCCACAGACCCUCUCCAGAUCAGUUGUCAGAGGAGCUGGAGAAAGUGGGAAAAAUGCAGCACUGCAGAGUUAUGGUGAUAAUCUAUUGCAGUGGAUCUCCAAUCAACAGCUAUGGCAUCCUGGAAAAGAUCCUAGGAACAGAAGAUGAAUGCUAAGGUGGUUAUCAGAUGAAAUGCUGCAUAAAUUGGUGUCUUCUCCAUUAUUUAUUGUAGUCUAUUAUGAAGUCAAAUACUUUGGAAAAUAAUGAAGGGGACUCAAUCAGAAAUUAUAAGAACUUCAUUUCCACCUUUAAAGUCUUGUGGGUUACUUAAUUUUUGUUAUGAAAACAUCUGUUCAGGAUAUUAUUAUUUAAUGAAGUUCAGUUUAAUAGAUUAUUUAACUAAUGUUGAUGAACUGAUAUUGAUUUUUAAUAUAUAAUUCAGGUUCUGUUAGGUGCAGUAUCUUCAUCUGCUGAUUUUGCCGAGUCUGUUCUAAAGCAUCACUUCUAUUGCACUAGAUUAUCAAAGAGGUAUUAGUAACCUGUUAUACAAUGGUGUUGGCAUUAAUCUUACCCUCAGUUAGAUGCAGGCUUUUCAGAAAAAUAAGGACUAAGCCUUUGCCCUCCUCUGUUUUCUGAUAUCUACUCUUAAUUAAGUAAUCACAUUUUGAUAGCAUAACCAGUAUUAAGCUCUGGGCCAGGUUGGAAAUGAAAUCAAUUUUUGGUACUAAUAAAUGCUGGCAAGGAUUAGCCUAAUGAAAAUCUGGUGUGUGUCUCUGACAAUGCAUGGGGCAUCUAAAUUGAUCGUAAACAAUUUAUGUACAAGAUGUAUCUAUUUCUGGUUGGUAAAGGCUUGAGGUGUGUAUAUGUACAUAUGAACAUACAUGCACACAUACUCAAGGAUAUAUCAACCUUUUACCAACCAAAUGCAUACAGGUAUUUAACAAUAGAAGCUGGGACUCAUAAAAAUAUCAAGAAUGCUGUGAAUACAGUAUAUGCAUUAGGUCUCUGUAAAUGAAGGACCAUUUGUCAUUGUAUUCUGUAUCGAAAAACAGUCUCCAACAUGGAUCCCAAUUAAUUGUUGAUGUUAAAAAAGAAAAUACCAAUGAACGAAGAAAUUCAAAGUGUCUGUAUCAGAGUAUUCAAGUAAAGCACAUGCCAGGGAAAAGACGAAUUUUGAAGUCGUUAUAUGUAGUGUUGGGAUGUAACUGGCAGUUAAAUCUCAACCACUUCCUCAGCAAGAGGAUCCUUACAACUUCAUAAACAUUUUCAAUCAGUCUGGCAAACAUGUGCAAAUGUUCAGCUGUUUUAUCGAGGUAUCUUUUUUGUCAGUGGAAGAAGUCCUUCCAUGCAGAUGGGAGCAGGAAUAGAAUUAUCUGCAUUUUUAAAGGACAAACAAGGAAUUUAAGCAUGGGUGGCCUUAAUUCUUAGUAGUUUUUCUUUGCUGCUGUAAUAAAAGGAUUCUAACAUGGAUAUUCCUGAAGUCUUGCACUGAAUUUAGAAAUAAAAAAAUGUUAUUUUUUUGAAACUGUUGGUGCAAUUAACCCUGGACAUCCUACUUGAGCCAUACAUAUAUUAACCCCUUGAAAAUGAUUGUCUAGAAAACAGUAUUUUAUUUAAUUGUACCCUCAUUCUUGGUACAAUUAAAGAGAAAGUUAUUCAAUCAGGGCUUCCUGCUUGAUACUGUCAUCUUCAGUAAAUAGAAUAAAAUGUAUAGAAUUAGUAGAGCAUAGAUAAUCCAAAUUCAUUCAUGUUUAACAAGUUUGUCCUUUAACUAUCAAUGGAGUUUUAGACCUUUGUUUUCAAAACAGCAAAGCUCUUGGAAGUUUAUUUAGCACAUAUGACAAAUGUUGCACUGGCAAACUCAGACAACAAAACUAGUUUCUUGUGACAAAUUUGUUGUCGUAGUAAGGGACAACUGUCUAUGUCUCUUACAAUCAGGUCUUUACCUUAACUCUACAACUGAAUACUUGAAGUAGGAAAUAAACUAGGGAAAAAUAGGGUCAUAAAAACAGAACUUGUAUAGUUAGAUAUUUAUAUGUAUGUGCCAAUUUUGUCACAGAUAUUAUUUUAGGGGCAUUUUUUUUGCUCCACUCAUGUUGGUAAGAGUAUUGAUCUAAACUUUUAUCAGGGCCUACGGUUUAGCCCCUAAAGAAGAAAAUUUUGUCUAACAUUGCAUUUUUUUUUCAUUUCAUGUGAUACUCUACAAUGUUUGGAGAAAAAACUUUUCAUAUACUAAAAUAGAAUCUCGGGGUUUACAAUAAACACUGUGAUGUUGGGAAAUUAUUUUAUUUGAGCAAUGUUUGGUAGUUUCCCCCCCCUUCUAAAUGUAAAGAAGAAAACCAACUUUUGGUUAGUAUUUAAGAUAAAUUAUUAUUUUAGUGUGAGAUCAAGCUUGUACUACAUAUUAUUUCUUUCAUUUCAAUGUACAGUAUUAAUUUUGUAUUUAAUGAAUUUUGUGUAUCCAGUAUGCACGUAACUGCACAUUGACUUUCAUUUGAAAGUGGGUUUAAAUUUACUUUUUAAACGGUGUUUAUGAAAAGACCUCAAACGUGUUGAUGCAAACUAUAUCUGCAAUGUUUUUUUGUGUAGAGUGACGUUUGAAUGUGAUGUUCUGCAACAAUGGGUCAGUAUUCCCUAUUUACCUUAGAUCCACAUUUGAUAGUGCUUCUUGUAAUAAUUUCUUCAAGUGAGUGGCAUGUUCUGGAUUGUGAUAUUGAUAUGUGGUUAAGGACAUUGAUAUGAAACUAAGGAAUCCUUAGAAAUUACCAGUGGGCAUGUAUUAGACAGUCAUUGUAAUUUAAUGUCUAGUAGAAGUGUAAAGUACCAAGGUAUUUAGAGUUCAUAACAUUGUUAUCAUGUGUAUGGGAAGUACUUAGUGUUGAUCAGCUUGUUUAUAUUCAUCAAAUAAACUUUGUUCCUUUCUGAAA